AAUGACUGCAUGAGGUCACAGAAUGUUGAAGAUGAAAUGAAAGUGGCUCCUGAGUCACAAAGUCACAGGCGGGUGGGGAUCCUUUCGACAGGGCUCCCAGCAAUAGAGCAGUCCCACUCUCCCAGAUGAGCUGGAGAAGUAGCUACCUCUCCCAGACAGAGUUGGGGUCAAAUUCAUGCACAUCCAGUUCCCAUCAAAGCCCACUCUUCCCAGGGCUUGCUGGGAGGGAAGGAUAACUGCAGGCUCCCCUGGGAUGCCCCCACGUGAGGGAAGUUCACAGAGUUUGAGACAGAGGUGAAUGGACAGGUGUGCUUCUUAGGGAAGCAGUCGAGAGGUGGCAAGAAGUUGGCAGCUGCACUCAAGAGGGUCCUGGCACCAUGGACAAUGACAAGCCUCUUCAGCCUGAGACAGAAGAUGAGAUUGAAAUUGAGCCAGUACGACAGAGCAGCGAUAAAAUGCUCUACUGUGAGGCUGAACCCCCGCCGACUGUUGAAAAAGUGAAACCAGCCCAGGAGAAUUCGGAAACAGACCUGGAGAUUGAAGAGUCUGCCCUGCGGAUGGCCUGUGGAGGAAAUGUGGCAGAAAGGCCUGCUCGAUUUUGCCUGGAGUCCUCCUCCGGGCUGGCAGGGGAGAGCAGCUGCAGCUUCCCACGCUUGUCACCUGCCUCAGGAGCAGUGCCCUCACGUCGUCUUGUUAAAAGUGGAAUCAAUACACAAACAAGAUGAUGAUAAAUUUUUCACCACUGGACAAAAGGAGCUGUACCUGGAGGCCUGCAAGCUGAUGGGUGUAGUGCCUGUCUCCUACUUCAUUCGGAACAUGGAGGAGUCCUACGUGAACCUCAACCACCACGGCCUGGGCCCCAGGGGUACCAAGGCUAUUGCUAUAGCCCUGGUGUCCAACCCGGCUAUUACCAAACUGGAGCUGGAAGACAAUUGCAUCAUGGAGGAGGGUGUCUUGAGCCUGGUGGAGAUGCUACAAGAGAACUACUACCUCCAGGAGAUGAAUAUUUCCAACAAUCACCUUGGUUUGGAGGGGGCCAGAAUCAUCUCAGAUUUCUUUGAGAGAAAUAGUUCUUCUAUCUGGAGCCUUGAGCUUUCAGGAAAUGACUUCAAGGAAGACUCCGCAGCACUGCUCUGCCAAGCCCUGUCGACCAAUUACCGAAUUAAGAAGCUGGAUCUCAGUCACAACCAAUUCUCUGAUGUAGGAGGGGAGCACCUGGGCCAGAUGCUGGCCAUCAACGUGGGGCUCACGUCACUGGAUCUGAGCUGGAAUAACUUCCACACAAGGGGAGCUGUGGCCUUGUGCAAUGGUCUCCGGGGUAAUGUGACCCUGACAAAGCUGGAUCUCUCCAUGAAUGGCUUUGGGAAUGAGGUGGCUCUGGCCCUAGGGGAAGUCCUCCGACUCAACAGCUGCCUGGUCUACCUGGAUAUCGGCGGCAAUGACAUCGGCAAUGAAGGGGCCUCCAAAAUCAGCAAAGGACUGGAAUCCAAUGAAAGCCUCAGAGUUCUGAAGCUUUUCCUGAAUCCCAUAAAUAUGGAUGGGGCUAUUUUACUUAUCCUGGCUAUCAAGAGGAACCCCAAAUCCAGGAUGGAAGAGCUUGAUAUUUCCAACGUGCUGGUGUCCGAGCAGUUCAUGAAAACGUUGGACGGAGUGUAUGCCAUUCACCCGCAGCUGGACGUGGUAUUCAAGGCAGUACAAGGCCUCUCUCCCAAGAAAACCAUCUUCUUGUUGACAAACCCCAUGAAACUGAUCCAGCACACCGUCUAUACCAGUGUUAACAGAUCGCGUAUGUAGAUAAUGAUCACUGUCCCAUCCCCGUGGCACUGCGGUGCCUGAACAGCCUUGACUUCAGUCCUUCCAACUUUGGAACGGAGGGAGCGUCUGUGCAGUGCCAAGGGGCUCCUAGAAGCAUGGCAAGCACACAGGAACCAUCCCGGCAUGCACCUUUGCCACGCCUGAGCUAUGCAGACCAGCACAAAAUCACAAUCGUGGACUUCUUCAAGAGCUUGAACCCUACUGGGACAAUGAAGAUGUCUGUGGAUGAGUUCCAGAAAGUGAUGAUAGAGCAAAACAAGGUCCCCCUGAACCAGUACCAGGUCAGGGAGGUGAUAAAGAAGCUCGAUGAGAAGACAGGCAUGGUGAACUUCAGCAAAACUUGAGCCCAAUCAGGCGCUGCUGGCUGCUGGGCCGGAUGCUCGGGAUGCCAGCGGGAGGAGCCGGAGCCCACUCACAACCCAGGAGGAGCGCAGGCAAGGGAGCAGAUCUUUAUGCCCUGGUGAGUUUCUUGAACACGAUGAAGCCAUAGCAACAAGUCUGGUCUAGAAAGAAGUCUCGGCGAGAGGAGUCCUCGCAAGUCGGAUGGUGGCAGGGAGGAGAGCAAGAGGUGGCUGAAAUCUCGAUGGACAGAUGCUGUGGCAGGGGCUGGGCACAAGCAAAUAAAGUCUGGCUUGGUUCUGGG